UAAGUAGACCUGGCUACAUCAGAAACAAGAGGACUGAUAAGCUAAGCUUCCGCUUUCUUUUUUCUCUCUAGGCACCUCUUACCCUUUCUCCAGUGCUGUGAUGGAGGGCAGUGGCAGUGGAUUGACUGUAGAGCUGGCCUCCCCUGGGCCGUGUGUGGCCGGCAUGGAGGGGAACACCAGUGGGCAGGUGUUUGAGGUGGCGCUGCAGAACAGCUCCUCGUCCAAACGUAGCCCUCAGUUUGUGGGGGUGGAGCUGCUGAAGUCCUUCAAGCUGCUCAUCAUCCCCUGCUACAUCCUGGUGGUGCUGAUCGGGGUGUUCGGCAACUACCUGCUGCUCUACGUCAUCUGCCACACCCGUAAGAUGCACAACAUAACUAACUUCUUCAUUGGAAACCUGGCCUUCUCCGACAUGCUGAUGUGUGCCACCUGUGUCCCCUUCACCUUGGCCUAUGCCUUCAACCCCCGCGGCUGGGUUUUUGGGAGGUUCAUGUGCUACCUGGUUUACCUCAUCCAACCAGUGACCGUCUAUGUGUCUGUCUUCACUCUCACUGCUAUUGGUGUUGACAGGUACUAUGCCACAGUUCACCCUCUGAAGAAGCGGAUCUCAGUGCUGGCGUGUACUUACCUCCUAUCUGGGAUCUGGCUGCUCUCCUGUGGGCUUGUGGCCCCGGCCGUGGCCCACACCUACCAUGUGGAGUUCAAGAAUGACGGCUUUACCAUCUGUGAGGAGUUCUGGAUGGGCAAGAAGAGAGAGAGGUUGGCCUACGCAUACAGCACACUUUUCAUGACCUACGUCCUGCCUCUGUCUGCCCUCUGCAUCUCUUACCUCUGCAUCUCUGUCAAGCUCCGUAACUGUGUGGUGCCUGGCCACCGCACCCAGAGCCAGGCCGAGGCCCAGCGAACCCGCAAGCGCAAGACCUUCCGUCUGAUCACCCUGGUGGUGGCGGCUUUCGGCGUGUGCUGGAUGCCCAUCAGUGUGUUCAACGUGCUGCGGGACAUUGACAUUGACCUGAUCGACAAGCGCUACUUCCUGCUCAUCCAGCUGCUGUGCCACUUGUGUGCCAUGAGCUCGUCCUGCUGUAACCCUUUCCUGUAUGCCUGGCUACAUAACCGCUUUCGCGCCGAGCUGCGCAAGAUGUUCACCUGCCACCGCCGUAUCGGCAUCCCUGCCAACAACUGUGCCACAAACAGCGUGAACCCCUUCAUCCCACCCUCCCACCCACCCGCACAGGAUGUGUUCAGAGAAUGGUCUUGAAACCAGCUGAAAGAUUUUUGGUCAGGGUUUUUGUACUGUAAGAUAAGAUGGUAAAACUAUUACUUUUGUUUUUCAAAAAGUUGAUUCUUCUGACCCCACUCCCGCUGUUUCUCAUGCCCAAUUAAUACAUAUUUUGUGAAAAGUAAUGUACAUUUCUGCACAAGAUCAUUAAGUGGUUGCACAAGUGCAACAAACUGUGCCACAAACAAGAGUGCUGCAAAAAAGUAACCUGCAUUUGAAGUGUUCUUAGACAUGUUGAAACAUCAGAAGUUGAUUGAUCAUGAUGGACAUCUUCGGUGUACAUUAUGCUGUUUAUAUAAGCAUUAUCUUUAUUGUACAGUGUGUUCCCAUAUGAUGCAUACAAAGUGAUGGUUUAAUAAUAGAAGAUGCUUUUGGCUUGGUUUUUGCUUGAUUUCAAAAGCCUCUACAACCUCAAGGUUGUGACUGACAGGUGAUGCACAUUACCAGAUGGGAUCACAGCUACCAACUUCACAGAAGAGGGUCCUGGCUUGGUGACAAAGAUGAUAGCUUCAGUCUCUCAACAACUGACAAAAAUUAAACACAUUUGGUCAUGUCAAAAAAUAUUGAAAUUGGUUCCAUUUAACCUGUUUUCCAUUUUUGACAAGUUGCAAGUUAAAACACAGUUUUACUUUCUGUGACAGAAAUUGCUGCAUCAUGCAUGUUACAUCUUUGUAAAUGUAAUGAAGUAUACUGAACAAAAACAAACGCAACAUGCAACAAUUUCCAAGAUUUUACUGUGUGAACUUUUUUGUGAACUUUACAGUUCACAUAAGGAAAUCAGUCAAUUGAAAUAAAUUCAUUAGGCCCGAAUCUAUGGAUUUCACAUGACUGGGAAUAAAGAUAUGCAUCUGUUUCCUUAAAAAAAAAAGUAGGGGCGUGGAUCAGAAAACUAGUCAGUAUCUGGUGUGACCACCAUUUGCCUCAUGCAGUCCAACACAUCUCCUUCACAUAGAGUUGAUCAGGCUAUUGAUUGUGGCCUGUGGAAUGUUGUCCCACUCCUCUUCAAUAAAUGUGCGAAGUUGCUAGACACUGGCGGGAACUAGAACACUGUCGUACACGUUGAUCCAGAGCAUGCCAAACAUGCUCAACGGGUGACAUGUCUGGUGAGUAUGCAGGCCAUGGAAGAACUGGGACAUUUUCAGCUUCCAGGAAUUAUAUACAGAUCGGGUGCUCCCGAGUGACGCAGCGAUCUAAGUGCAUCUCAGUGCAAGAGGCGUCACUACAGUCCCUGUUUCAAAUCCAGGCUGUAUCACAUCUGGCCGUGAUUGGGAGUCCCAUAGGGUGGCGCACAAUGGACCCAGCGUUGUCCGGGUUUGGCCGGGGUAGGCCGUCAUUGUAAAUAAGAAUGUAUUCUUAACUGACUUGUCUAGUUAAAUAAAGGUGAUAUAAAAAAAUACAGAUCCUUGCAAAAUUGUGUUCGGUGACAAAACUGCACAUUGUAGAGUGGCCUUUUAUUGUCCCGGGAACAAGGUGCACCUGUGUAAUAAUAAUGCAGUUGUGAUUUUAGCAUGUACA